GCUCUGUUCCAAAUCGGCGUCCCUGGCGCGCGCCGCCCACGGUACCAGCCAACGAUCCAUGAUCCACACCACAUGCUGCGUAUUACUCAAACACAAACCGCCAAAACCGCGGCCGCUGCCUACCUUCGAUCUGCAGAGCAUCACGUCCACAGUGCACAAUCCCUUGAUAGAAGUCGACCGGCAGGACCGCAAAACCCAGGCAGAGAAAAAGCGUCUUGCAGAAGAAGCAUUUGCGCGCUACGUUCCUCCAAACAUGGGCAGUCACCCAUUAAGCCUGGAAGCAGAGUACGAGCAACGCAGCCUCGAGUUCUUGAAAGCACACGCUGGCAUACAGGCAACGGUAACGCGCAUGUAUCAGGGGUGGUGGGGCCGGAGGAAGCCCUUAAUAUCAAACGGGUGUUUGGUGUGGUGAAGGUGUUUGUGCCGUUCCGCGAGCAGGAGUACCGGGAGCCAAUGGAGCGCGGGUUCCGCGGCGAGUUUGCGUUCCAGAAACCAACACUGAGCUACAUAUACUAUAUGGGGCUUUUGCAGCUAUACGUGCGCAUGCUGUACGGACUGGGGACUGCAGAGCGGCAAAAGUAUUUUCGCGACUUUUAUCUGAUCAUCAAGGCUCUGCGGCAGCGCCCCCAGAUCCACCGCAAGGUCCUGGCCAUGUCGCAGUUCAAGACUCUGGUCAUGCAGUACUUUCUGAUCGUGGGCCAGCCGAAUCUGGCGCUGUUUGCAGCCGCCGACCUGCUGCCAAAGGGGUACAUGGGGAUUGUGCCGAGAUGGGCUGUCGUGCGUCUUCUUGGCUUUGAGGCUUUGUAUGCGGGUGACGCAGAGAAGCUGCAGGAGAUUCACGAUGUGGAACACGGCAAUAUGCCCACGAGCCCGCUGUCGGACCGCGAGUACCGGUACAAUCUGCUGGCGCAUGGCGGUGUUCCGAAGCGCGAAAUGCCUGGCGAGCUGAUGGAUUUUUUGCCGCACGUGCUGGUGCGGUUCGCUAGUGGCCCCCAGGAGCUGCCGCCGGCGACUCAGACGGCGCUGGUGCAUGAGCCGCGGGCCAGCGAGUGGCAAGCCGAUGGGCUGCAGUUGGCUGUGCGCUAUGUUUUGGCGUUUGUGCGUCUUGGCCGUAUGGGACAGGCGCGCAAGCUCCUGUAUACGUUGGCCGAUAUGCCGGCAAAGCCCGUCGAUGGUGAGCGUGGUGACUCGCAGCGCCUGGCGCGCAGUCUGCUUGCGCUGCUGGACGCCGAUGCUGCCGAUCUCGUAGUCCUGGCCCUGGAGCACCUGGCCCGGAACGACCUGGAGACAGCACAUAUGCCGAUGACGCGCGCGCAAUUCAAGGCGCACCUGGCCGAAGAGAUUCGCACGACGGCUCUCCGAAGGCCAAUUCGGGGCUGGCCACGCCUGCAACCGCCCUUCUAUGCUCAGUGUCUGGCCGGCUCUCGCAGUUCACAGCCAUGGCUAUGGCGAACCGGACUGUACCGCGAAACCCCGGUGCUGGGUGUGGCCUGGGUGGCUGCGCAUUUCCGCGCAAUGGACUCGAAAGCGCAGGAUGAGGCCAUGAGAUUCUCUGUGCGCGCGUUCCAGCGCCGGCCACCGCUACUGCGCCAGUUCCUUGCGCAUAAAACCGCGAGGUUUGUCCACGUGCUGUCGCGUCGCAUGUGGGAGAACGAAUCCGACCGCUUCGCCAUCCUGACCAAGGCUUUCAAGGAGAUUGCGCUUACCGAGUGUGCGCCAGCUGUCGGCACGCUUCUGCUGAGCGCUGCUCUGGGCCCCGAGUCACCUAUGCUGACGUCGCUGGGCGCCCCGGCGCCUGCCAGCCGCGCUGCGCUGGUCCUGCGCCUGACCAAACGCCUACUGCGGAAAGAAAUGCUGCGUCACGGGCUCAUGCCAGAUCUGCAUGCCUUGCAGGCCAUGAUGUCGCUGCGCCUUACAAUGCGCUACCAGCUAGACACGGCGGUACUGAUUAUCGAGCGUAUUCUGCGCGAUGUGCCGAUGGAAAGCGCUUGGUCGGUGUAUAUGGCGAUGCUGGAUGGCCUGAACCGCGCCGCGAUGCCGGGCGCCGUCGAGGACCUGGCCAUAUAUCUUUUGGACCAUGCAGAUCUGACCUUGCGGACGUUUGGCGCGCUGGCGUCGGUGUGGCUUGACACGACCGGCUUCAAUCCCCAGGCCUCCACCGACGACGUGCGUCCCAGACACGGUUCACCAUUGAACCGCAACCACUACCAUGCGGUGAUCGAGGCCUGUGUACGCAAGGGCGAUGUGAAUGCCGCCUGGAAUAUCAUUCAGGUGGAGAUGCGCGAGGUGCGCCCGGACCUGCAGACAUUCUAUACGCUGGUGUCGCCGCUGGCCAAAAACAGCAAGCUGUGGCCGAUCGGCAAGGCCGCCGUAGGCCAAGACAAAACGAACACGAUCAAGGUCAAGGCACUGCUGCAUUUCGCCCUGCACUAACUUUUUCCAGAUUUGACUUUCUGCGCUGAGCUGAU